AUGCCUCCGAAUAAAAGACAAAUCAACGAGCUAACCGAUCAAGCUUCCAUAUUUUUUGACGCCGACUUGAUCGGCGUCAAAAUUAUUUUUUCCGCAACCCCUCCUGUCUGGGCUAGGGAUCCAUUUCGUGAAGUUAUGACAGCCAAGAUUUUGGCUCCAACAACCUACAUCUUUUUUGCUUCUGCCCUUCCAGUCAUUGCAUUUGGAGAACAACUCAGUCGAGAUACAGAUGGAAUCUUGAGCACAGUAGAAACAUUGACUUCGACUGCCCUUUGUGGCAUCAUACAUUCAAUAUUUGGUGGGCAGCCUUUGCUGAUAUUAGGAGUUGCAGAGCCCACUGUAAUAAUGUACAGUUACCUGUACCAUUUCUGCAAGGGGCAGGCAGACCUUGGACGAGAGCUGUUCUUGGCUUGGGCUGGAUGGGUUUGUGUCUGGACUGCUCUUCUGCUUGUUCUUCUUGCAAUAUUCAAUGCUUGUACUAUUAUCAACAGAUUUACAAGAAUUGCUGGGGAACUUUUCAGCAUAAUGAUUGCAGUUCUUUUCAUGCAAGAGGCUAUCAAGGGAGUGGUGAGUGAAUUCAAUAUUCCUAAGGCUGAAAAUCCAAAUGCAGAAAAAUAUAGUUUUCCGUGGCUAUAUACAAAUGGCUUGAUGUCAAUCAUAUUCUCUUUUGGCCUACUUUUAACUGCCCUAAAGAGCAGAAGAGCUAGGUCAUGGAAGUAUGGCACAGGAUGGUUUCGAAGAUUUAUUGCAGACUAUGGGGUUCCUUUUAUGGUAUUGGUAUGGUCAGCAUUGUCAUUCAGCACACCAAACAAAGUUCCCUCGGGAGUUCCCAGAAGGCUUUAUAGUCCCCUUCCUUGGGAGUCUGCUUCCUUGCAACAUUGGACUGUUAUCAAGGAUAUGUGGAAGGUUCCUCCAUUAUACAUCUUUGCUGCACUCGUACCAGCUGUAAUGAUAGCAGGUCUUUAUUUUUUUGAUCAUAGCGUGGCUUCACAAAUGGCUCAACAGAAAGAAUUCAAUCUCAAAAAUCCAUCUGCUUACCAUUAUGACAUCUUAUUGCUCGGAAGUUUGUUAAUUCAAAAGAAGAUGGUAAAGAGUGCUAAGGAAUGCAUUAAGCAGCAGGCUAGCAACUCUGAAAUAUAUGGCAAGAUGCAAGCAGUGUUUAUAGAAAUGGACACAACUCCAUCUCCACAAGCUGCAAAGGAGCUGAAGAACUUGAAGGAUGCAGUCAUGCAAGGUGAAGAUGGAGGAAGUAGAGAUGGUAAAUUUGACCUGGAAAAGCACCUUGAUGAUCACUUGCCUGUCCGAGUGAAUGAGCAAAGAGUGAGCAACCUAUUACAAUCGCUUCUGGUGGGAGCAUCAUUACUUGCCAUGCCCAUAAUCAAGAAAAUACCCACAUCAGUUCUUUGGGGAUAUUUUGCCUACAUGUCUAUUGACAGCCUCCCUGGAAACCAAUUCUGGGAAAGAAUUUUGCUGCUUUUUAUUCCUCCUGGCCGGCGGUUUAAAGUCUUCAAAGGACUUCAUCCUUCUUAUGUAGAGCUGGUGCCCUUCAAUGUCAUUGCCAUGUUUACGCUCUUUCAGUUUGUAUAUUUUGCAAUGUGUUUUGGAGUGACAUGGAUACCCAUAGCUGGAAUAUUGUUCCCCUUGCCAUUCUUUCUGCUCAUAGGCAUUAGACAGCAUCUCCUCCCCAGACUAUUGCAUCCGCAAUACCUUCAGGAAUUGGAUGCAGCUGAGUACGAAGAAGUGGCUGGUAAUACUCGGUAUAGUGAAGGUUGCAUCUCACUUGAGGAACUGCAAGCAACUACUCCAGAGGAUGAAUUUUGCGAAGUGGAAAGAUGUAGUUCUGAGAUAUUGGCCGAGUUGACCACCAGCAGAGGAGAGUUCAAGCAUAGAUCCAUAAGCUUCCACGGAGAUAUGCUUCCUCAGUUUCAUCCAGAGAAUGUUGCACCACAGGAUGAGGAAGAGUGA